GUGAUUAGCAAUAACAAUUUAUAAUUUUAAAUUAUAUACACAAAACAUGAGCGAGGAAAACAAUGAAAACAUAAUCUGGACCAUUAAAAAUGGAGAAUUAGAUGCCGUUCAAACAACGUUUAGCAACGAUACGCAGAAAGUUAACACAGAGAUCAAAGGGAGAUUUCCAAUACAUUAUGCUGCUGAUUUCGGCCAGCUAAAUGUUCUGAAAUAUCUUAUUAAUUUGGGAGCCGAUGUAAAUAGAAAAGACAAACAUGGAAUCACUCCACUUUUGGCGGCCGUGUGGGAAGGACAUACAAAAUGCGUGGAGUAUCUAUUGGAAAAAGGUGCAGAUAAAAAUGGAUCCACUCCAAAUGGUGAGAGUUAUGCCGCAGUAGCAGAAAAUGACGAAAUCAAGAAACUGCUGUCCAAUGUAUAAACAUAAUUGUAAAACAAUUUCAAAUUAAAAACAUAUGAGCAUUUUAAUAUAUUAGAAAA